AUGACAAAUCCCCAAGACAAUCCUGGCACUCCACCACCUGUUUCACCCAACACCUCAUCUUCCACACCACCAGUCGAAAACCCAAAACCUAGAUUCCAUCGCCAGAAAAUGCUAGCAAGAAAAACUUCCAGUCAAAAGAAAGCAGGCCCAGCAGCUGAGACCAACUCUAGCUCUGAAUCUGAUGAUUACAUCUCCACUAGUGAAGGAGAUGAACCUGGGUCUUCUGAACAGGCCAAAACUCAAGAAUCCCAAAGAGAGGUAAAAUCUUGCUAUGUUUUUUCUGAUGUAGUUGAUAGAGAGGAAAAUCGAUUUGUUCUGAUAGGGGCUGCUAGAGAUGUAGGUGGGACUGAUUCUGGGAAAAUGAGGAAGAAAAAGAAGAAGGAACCUUUAGCCAUAUGUGGGGGUGGGGAAGAAGGAGUCUCGAAGUCAGGGGGAAGUGGUUCAGGUGAGGCUGCUGAGGGGUUGAUUAAUCUGAGUAAACAACAAGAUGAACCCGGUUCAUCUGAUGAAGAGAGUUUGGCUAACUUGUUGAAGAAAGUGGGGGCCAACUAUGGCCUAAAGAAACGCAAGGCUUCCUCACAAAAGACCCCUGCUGCAUCCAAACCAACCAAGAAAAGCAAACAAUCACCACCCAAGUCUACUCCUAGGAUUAGAGCUACUAGAAGCACAGGGCUGGAAGGACAUGGUUCUUCAUAUGGAUGA